AUGGGUCAAAGCAGGAGUGAAGGCAGCGGAAAGCCUUUUGAAUUGAAUGACCAUGAAAUCAAGGAGAUCCGGUUUCCAGCUGAGCAUAGGAGCUCCCUCCUACCCAUCAGCAAAAAGCGGGACGAACUGAAAAAUACCACAGCUCUCCUUCGAUUUGUGAGAGAGAGGAGGGCCCGGGCAAGCUGCCGCUCCCGAGAGUGGAUGGACAGACGGACAAAUGUAGGGAAUCCGGCUUCCCAGAGCGGAGACUCACCGGAGACGAGAGCCGAGGCCUGGAGUAGGAACCCCGGACGCAUUGCAGAGGCUCCGGGCGAACCACUCAGCGUUACAAACUCCCAGGGGGCUCCCACCCUGAUGUGA